AUGCCGUUAUCUGCCAUGAAGACAUUCUCCGUCGCCUUUGGCGCAAACAACGCAUGCCAAACUGGCAGUAUACGAUAUCCAGAAUUUGAGGGCAUUCAUGUCGUAUCGCUGACUGCGACUGAAGAACGAAACUUCACAUACAAGCCUCAUCCCAGAUUUCAAUUCGGCCGGGCGAUUCAUGGCCUGAACUUUUGUAACUUGACAGUGAUCUACACCCAUCCUGGCUGGAACGAUGAGAUCGAAGUUACGACGCUUCUCCCGAUGGAAAAUUGGAACGGGAGAUUUCAAGGAAAUGGGGGUGGCGGAUUGGUAACGGGGGGGAUCGAAGUGGGCGGGAUUACGAUGAUGCCUUCUUUGGAGGCAGGAUUCGCCGUUAGUACAACUGAUGGUGGCCACUCGAGCAAACUUGACGACGCAUCAGGCGAUGAUAUGUCUUGGGCAUUUACUAGUCCAGGCAACGGCAACUGGCCUCUUUUCCUCGACUUUUCCCAUGUCGCUCUACACGACAUGGCCACAAUUGGAAAAGCCUUGACACAGUCUUUCUACGGCACACCUCCGAAGUACACGUACUUCUAUGGCGGCUCAACUUGCGGAAGACAGGCUUACAUGCUGGCCCAACUCUAUGCCGACGACUUUGACGGCAUUCUAGGGUUCUGCCCUGCUAUCAACUGGGACAAAUUUCAAUGGUCUCCUCUAUGGGCUCACCGAGUCAUGGACAAGAAGGACGUCUACCCACCGCCUUGCGAGUUCGAAGCCAUUACAGCCGCGGCCAUGAAAGCAUGCGACAGGCUCGAUGGAGUCGAGGAUGGAAUUAUUUCCAUGCCCUCUCGGUGCUUCUUCGAUGCCCGUACUCUGGUCGGCCACCCUUUCGACUGCGGAGGGACAGACGCUUUGUUCACCGCUGAAGCCGCAGAGGCCGCAAAUGCUGCUUGGAAUGGACCUCAAAGCAUCUCUGGUGAAUUCCAAUGGUAUAGGUAUGGAAGAGACGCUAAAAUGUGGCAAUUCGGGGCUCUUCAUACCUCAUGCGGUGGUGAAGGAGAACAGUGCGCGCCGGUUAGGUUAUCCAUUGCCGAGUCCUACGCACGAUACUUUGUUGCAAAAAACGCCAAUAUCGAUCUUCAGACCCUUGACCCCAGUCAAUGGGACGACCUUUUCAUCGCGUCGCGAAGCGAGUAUGAAUCAACCACCGGCACUUCCGACCCUGACUUGAGCAGGUUCCGCAAGGCCGGGGGAAAGCUGCUCAGCUGGCACGGGAUGGCGGACCAGAUCAUCCCUGUCAACGGGACGGUCGAUUAUACAGACAGAGUUCUCAAGAAGGAUCCCAAAGCCCAUGACUAUUUUCGUAUGUUCCUCGCCCCGGGCGCCGAUCAUACGCCACGUGUGGCGCUGCGACAUAUUUCGAAUGAUCUUGCCCCGCGGAACACAUUAUCCGCGCUGAUUGACUGGGUUGAAAAGGGAAUCGCUCCAGUCACAUUGAGAGUUGAGGGGCUCAAUGCUUCUGGUAAACAGAUGAGAAGAGACAUCUGCAUGUAUCCUCAAGUGCAGCACUAUAUUGGUGGUGAUCCGGCCUCCCCGGCAUCUUUUGCUUGCAUUUAACACGGCCCUGGGGCCAAGAGAGCUUUGGUUCUCAUGUCGAAGUAGAAAGGGGACGAGCAGCGACAUCACUCAACGAUACGAAUAGUUACUAUAAUGAGUGCACUUGCGGGGAAGCGGAGUAUAUCGUGAAGAAGAUAUGGCGGACUUCGAGCAUGGCACUCAAGGGAUAUUUACGUUAUUACAUCUUAAUACUCGGAGAACAAAUAUAAGGUACGGAGUGGAAAUACAAAGCACAAGCAAGUUCCAACCUCAAAAUCUUUCCAACAAGAGGUAGACUUAGAUUGAGCAGUGAGCGCAGGCAGAUGUCGGCCCUUACGUUUCGCAACUUGCGGACAAGAGGUUAGGUACUAGUAUCCAUUGACCUAAGUACGGACUUGAGUCAAAACCGGGGCACGGCUUUGUCUGUUGAAAUCUGAAGAAAUACGUGUAUCUAGACAUAACAGUUGAGCGAAAUGGUUCAAUGACCCU